GUGACGUAGGAGGAGGGACCGCAGACCGGACUGAUCCCACGUGUGACGGAGCGCCGUCUACCGAAGCCCGGCUCCAUCCUCCGACUCCUCCGUCCGCGAGUGUCCGUCAGUCAGCGCUUGCAGCCCGGGCAGACAUGGAGGGAGACCGGGGCCAGUCCUCGCCUGGAAGCCCGAACGAUCCGCACCAAGACCCGGGGAAAAUGUUCAUUGGUGGGCUCAGCUGGCAAACUUCACCAGACAGCCUUCGAGAUUAUUUCAGUAAAUUUGGUGAAAUCAGAGAAUGUAUGGUGAUGAGAGACCCGACCACUAAACGCUCCAGGGGUUUUGGCUUCGUCUCGUUUUCAGACGUCACCAGCGUAGAUAAAGUGUUAGCACAGAGGCAGCACCACUUAGACUCUAAAGUGAUCGAUCCUAAAGUUGCCUUCCCCAGACGAGCUCAGCCAAAGAUGGUGACGAGAACAAAGAAGAUGUUUGUUGGGGGACUAUCUUCAAGCACAGUGAUAGAGGAUGUGAAGGUGUACUUUGAACAGUUUGGAAAGGUAGAAGACGCCAUGCUGAUGUUUGACAAAACCACCAACAGACACAGAGGUUUCGGUUUUGUGACAUUUGAAAUCGAGGACGUGGUGGAGAAAGUCUGUGAGAUCCAUUUUCAUGAGAUCAAUAAUAAAAUGGUAGAAUGUAAAAAAGCUCAGCCGAAAGAAGUGAUGUUUCCUACGGGGGUACGAGGACGAGCCUGUGGUCUACCCUACACCGUGGACGCCUUCAUGCUUGGCAUGGGCAUGCUCACUUAUCCAAAUAUUGUAACGACUUACGGCAGAGGAUACACUGGCUUUCCUCCGAGCUACAGCUACGAGAUCCCUGGUUUCCCAGCGGUGGCGUACAGCCCGGUGGCUGCAGGGGCAAUAGCAGCAGCUCGAAGCUCAGGGUUCCCUGAUUACAGUCUGUAUUCUGGUAACGUGCGGGGAGGAGUGUCCCACUCGGUCGCAGACUACGGCUCCAUGGGGGCCCAGGCCAACCCUCAGAUCCUCCCGAGUGAGCAUGCCAGCUCGGCCUGCACCUCCCCCUCCUCCCUCCAGCAACACCUGCACAGCCCCAACCCCUUUAAGAGCCCAGGAACCAACCCGGCCCAGCCUGGAGUGUUUCCAGCUCCCAGCAGUCCUGGUCCCGUAUCAGACCUUUAUGGAAGUAGCCGUCAGGACUCUGCUGUAGGAAACUUCAUCAGCACCAGCAGCCCUCAGCCCGCCUCAGCCUUCAGCCACAGUAUAGCUGGUCCUUUGAUCGCAACAGCUUUUACAAACGGAUAUCACUGAGAGGCUGCUGCGUCUCUUUAAAGGUACCAGGGGUUGCUGAGAAUGGGUGGGGGUGGACAUGCAGCGAUCAAAUCUAGUCAAAAGGUCAUGUAUUAAUCAAAUUAUUAGUACCAAAUUGUUUUUGUUAUUUUGAGUAUUCAGUUCAGUUAUUUGAGUAAUUAUGUAGAUAUUUUACACAGUAGGUUGAUAUAAUGCUGGUGGUCUCCUUGGGACACUGACUUUUUUGGUGGGAGGGGGGUGACGGUCACUGCCUUGGUUUAUGAACAGGCUAUACUAAUUGGUUCUGUCUCCCUUUUCCUAGAGGAUUUGGCUGGUCCAAUUUGGAGAACCUGGGCCUGUUGCUCUAAGGGCAUAAAAGCCCAACCCCAGGACGGAGCUCUGGAUCUCUCUCGUGCCACAAAGACUCCCAUCGAUCAUUAUUAGCACAUUUUAGACUUUGUAACAAAAUUGUUUCACAACACCCCACACUUCAUUUAUGCCACACAUCCGCAUUCACACUACUGACCUUACUGGUGGACACACUCCAUGUUUGCAGUUAUCAUGUCAUUAGUACAAUAAAUCAUUAUUGU